AUGGAGAAAAUUAUUAAAAUUGGUAAAACGUUGCGUAAUAAUUGGAAAAAGUCAGUAUUCGGUGCAAUUUUGGUCUAUUAUGGAGCUGCAACCCUGAAAGAAAAAUAUGAAAUCAACAUUUUAAUGCAAGCGGCAUGUAAGGAAGCUGCAAAACAUGGUGAUGCACUAAUUCCUAUGGACAGAAAUCCAACACUAGUAACUGUAAUUCUAAAUCCUGUUGCCAACAAACGUAAAGCUAAAAAGGACUAUGAGAAAUAUUGCGAACCAUUGUUACAUUUAGCAGGAUUACAGGUGGAUGUAAUUCAAACUACUUCUGAAGGGCAUGCUAAAGAAAUUGUUGAGACACUACGUGGUACAGAAGCUAUUAUUGUUGCUGGAGGGGAUGGCACUUUGUCUGAGACAGUAACAGGUUUAUUAAGAAGAAAUGAUGAAGCUAACAGGUUCCCGUUAGGUGUCCUACCACUUGGUCGUACAAACAGUCUUGGCAACAUUCUUUUCCCUGGAGGCGAGGGUGUUGAUCGUGUAAAACAACUUAUUCAGGCCUGCAUGGCCAUCAUAGAAAAUAAUACCACAUGGAAAGAUGUUAUGAAAAUUGAACCUCUAGCUGUUGAAAAUGAAACUCCUAAUAAACCAAUAUACGCCAUGACUUCAAUAGAAUGGGGAGCGUUCAGAGACACACUUGCAAAGAAAGAUAAAUAUUGGAUAUACGGACCUUUACGAGGAUAUGCCUCCUAUAUUUUCAAUGGCUACAAAGAUUCCUUAUCCUGGAAUUGUAGUGGAACCUUAAAAUAUACACCACCGUGUGCCGGAUGUAGCAAUUGCUUAACCAAAAAGCCGGAAGUUAAACGGAAAUGGGCAUUUUUCAUACCAACCACAGAGGCUCCACAAAAAGAGGUAAAAGAGAUUGUGAACCCUGAAUGUGCAGUGGCUAAUGAGUUGUGCUUUAAAUCUACUGAUUUUAGGAUUCAUCCUCAGAAUAUUGAUGGAUUAUCAACAUUAAGUGUUGGUUUAGGCAAAAAUAAGUAUAGCUAUACUGAAUUUGUGUCAGAAGGAUGGAGACGAUUGAAUGGCAACAGCGAAACACCAGAAGCAGUUAAAGCUAGGACAGUUGAAAUCCAACCCUUAGAGAACAGGUCUGAUGUAGUAAUUGCAAUAGAUCAAGAGGAAUUUGAUGUCAAACCAGUUAAAGUAACAGUGUUGCCAAAAAUGGUGAAAUUUUUUUGUAAAUCUGAAGUAAAGGAU